AUGAUGGAUUUAUUCAACAUCGGAAGCAGCACGCCACCAAAGCCAAAGCCAGCACGACAAAGAGUCACGCGUCCAACGCAGCCUGCUUCACUUGAUUCUGGCUAUCGAUACAGAUACAGGCAGAAUGGCACUGGCAGUGGGAAUUUAAAGAGCGAUGGAGAUCAAUUUGGAAUUGGUGGGAAUAGAAGACGCGUUGCAAACCUACAUCACAGUUCAUCACCUACGUCUGCAACGACAUCUAAAUUCAGUCACGCGAUUCUGUCGUCGUCUCCACUCGCACCCAACGACGCAGCAGAUCCUAAGAAAAGACUUUGGAAGGAAAGGUUCAAAUCUCAGCAGCUAAGAAAGUUGUCUAGAGCUCGCGAUGUUGACUCUGCCCGUAUAAAUUCCAAGCAGCUCUUCAAUCUCGAUGAGGAGGCUGAUGAGGACGACGAUGACCUGCAGAAUAAAAUCGACAGCAAGAUUGACGAAAGGGAUUACAGAUCUGAGAUUAGGCGAAAAGAAAGCAAGUUUGAUCUUUGCGUUGGCUCAGAUUAUGAUCCACUUGAGUUUUGGAGUGAGACUGAGGAGGAAAUACCCGAGGAUUUGGACAAUAACAUGGAUAUGUCCUAUUUCAAUGACGCAAAUGCUACUAACGCCGCAGAUAGCGAUGACCUCUUUGAUGAUGAUGAAUUAGAUGCACUUUAUGAUGAAUAUUUAUCACAAAAUGCGCAAAAUGCACACAACUCAAACAACACACACAACACACACAACGCACAGCAAAAAGAAGAUACCUCAAUGGACAUGUCAUGA